AGGAAGUAACCAAAUUGUGGAGAGAACAAAAACACCAAUUCGAUAUUUUCAUUCAUGGCUUAGAAAAUAAGAAUCCUCUAAGUUCUCCUCUCUAUUGAAAACCCAAAACAAAAGUUGAGAACUUUUCAUAUUUCAGAUGGGCAACAAGAAACUGUUGACUGGUGGGUCAAGCAAAACUCAUGGUAGUGGUAGUAGCUACAGAGAUCCUCUGUUGCAGAAUCAGGAGGAUAAACCGAAAGCGAAUGGAAGCGAGAAUGGUUUGAAUGAUCUUGAGCAUGGUGUAGUUGAGGCGGCAAAUGUUGGAUUUGGCAGAGUCUUUGCGUUGGCAAAGCCCGAUGCGGGAAAGCUAGUGAUUGGUACCAUUGCUUUGUUGAUAGGUUCAACAACUAAUCUCCUUGUUCCAAAGUUUGGUGGGAUGAUUAUAGACAUUGUAUCCAGAGAUGUCAAGACGCCUGAGCAGCAAACGGAAUCCUUGAUUGCUGUUAGAAACGCCGUAGUAAUCAUUUUGCUUAUCGUUGUAAUCGGAUCGAUAUGCACGGCUUUGCGAGCGUGGCUAUUUAAUUCUGCCAGUGAAAGAGUUGUGGCUCGACUGAGAAAGGAUUUGUUCAGACACCUAAUGCAUCAGGAAAUAGCAUUUUAUGAUGUCACAAAAACCGGAGAACUCUUAAGUAGAUUAUCCGAAGACACCCAGAUCAUAAAAAACGCUGCUACUACAAAUCUUUCUGAAGCUCUUCGUAACGUAACAACUGCGCUUAUAGGAGUUGGUUUCAUGUUUACAUCAUCUUGGAAAUUAACAUUGUUGGCGUUAGUAGUAGUUCCGGUAAUUUCAGUUGCUGUGAAACAGUUUGGUCGCUAUCUACGUGAACUUUCACACACAACUCAAGCUGCAGCUGCUGUUGCUGCAUCAAUUGCUGAGGAAUCUUUUGGUGCAGUCCGAACUGUUAGAUCGUUUGCGAAAGAAAGCUAUAUGGUAUCACAAUAUUCCAAGAAAGUCGAUGAGACUCUGAAGCUAGGACUCAAACAAGCUGUACUUGUCGGGUUGUUCUUCGGAGGACUAAACGCAGCUUUCACAUUAUCUGUUAUUACGGUUGUUAGUUAUGGAGCAUACUUAACAAUAUAUGGUUCCAUGACCGUUGGAGCACUCACUUCCUUCAUUCUUUAUAGCCUCACAGUUGGUUCAUCGGUAUCUUCUUUAUCGAGUUUGUACACAACUGCAAUGAAAGCUGCAGGCGCUAGUAGACGAGUUUUUCAGAUCUUGGACCGUGUUUCUAGCAUGUCAAGUUCAGGGGAUAAGUGUCCAGUCGGUAAUCCUGAUGGAGAUGUGGAAUUAAAUGAUGUCUGGUUUGCUUAUCCUUCUCGUCCUAGUCACAUGAUACUCAAGGGAAUAUCGUUGAGGUUGACACCAGGCUCAAAAGUUGCACUAGUAGGACCAAGCGGUGGAGGAAAAACGACCAUAGCUAAUUUGAUUGAGAGAUUCUAUGAUCCUCUCAAGGGAAAGAUUUUGCUUAAUGGAGUUUCUUUGAUGGAAAUAUCCCAUCAAUACCUUCACAAACAGAUCAGCAUUGUAAGUCAGGAACCAAUUCUUUUCAACUGUUCAGUGGAAGAGAACAUCGCAUAUGGAUUUGACGGUGAAGCUAGUUUUACCGAUAUAGAAAAUGCAGCGGUAAGCACAUUACAAGUCUCUUUCUUUCUCCAUUUUUUGUUGUGCUCAUUGGCACAUAGGGCUAUUCAGUAAACUGCCUCGAUCCAAAAACCGAUAAGUAUUUUUCUAAAACCCAAACUGAAGCUAAGGGAUUGAACAACCAUUCUGAUUGGAAUCAAAAUGAAACAUUGUCAGAAAAUGGCGAAUGCACACGAGUUCAUUGAAGCGUUUCCGGAUAAGUACAACACUGUUGUAGGAGAACGUGGAUUACGGCUCUCAGGAGGACAGAAGCAAAGGAUUGCAAUCGCGAGGGCGCUUCUUACAAACCCGAGUGUUUUGCUCCUUGAUGAAGCCACGAGUGCACUCGACGCUGAAAGCGAAUAUCUUGUUCAGGAUGCGAUGGACUCGUUAAUGGCGGGAAGAACGGUGUUGGUGAUAGCUCAUAGGUUAUCGACGGUCAAGACUGCAGACUGUGUGGCGGUUAUAUCAGAUGGUGAGGUGGCUGAGAAAGGCACUCAUGAUGAGCUUCUCAGCCUUAAUGGAAUCUACACAAAUCUUGUCAAGAGGCAGCUUCAGAGUUCUUCCUCUGUUACCACCUUGUGAGAUAAUAUCAUUCUUCUGACUACAACAACAAAAAGAAGAAAUCAUCAUUCCAUUCGAAGACUAAAUUUGUAUAAUUUGAGUUUGAACCCUUUCAAUGCACUAGAGAGUUCUCUGACAUAAAAUUGUAAUGAGACAUUUCAAUUCAGUUAUCUAAUAAAAAUAAAUAUGAGCCAUUGAGAAU